AUGAUACAGAGGCAUUUGGCUGGUGCCAGAGUUGCUCCCUACUGUCAUCCUUCAGCAAUCAUAUGCAAUGCAUUAAAGAUAGUGUUUCCAGUAACUUACGGUAUUUUGGAAAAAGAAAUCAAGGAACAUAAUCGUCAUGCAAUCAAAUCCUGUUUUGCUCAAACUAUUGCGGAAGGCAAUCAAGCAAACCGAUGCGUUUUAGCGCUCUCUGACCUGGACAACAAGGCUUGGGAUCGUAACGGUCCGUUGCGUGAUUGCUCCAUUUGUCGGACGUUCGCUAAUGGCGCAAUUAAAGCAAUGUUGUCGACUUCACCAGAAGAACAGAAAUGUAUACGUUCUGAAGUUUCCAGAGCUGUAACAAUGGAAGCAAAGUACUGCUUGCAGAAGAAUAACAAUUUUGCUGAUAUUCCUGAGUUUCCGGAUUUCGAAGAAGGUUCAUAUGCAUUUAAGGAUGAAGUAAUUAAAUCGAUCUCAGAUCACAUUCUAAUCUACAGUCGUACAGCAUUCUGCAAUGAACGUAAACCGGAACGUGCAGAAGCUACGAGACGAUGUUUAAAGAAUCCGUUUGAUGGAUAUCUUACAAAACACUGCAACGUUCUGAAGGAUUGUGAAAAUCAAAUCCCAGAAGCAUGUCAAAAACAAACUAUUCAGUUAAACAAGGCAACUUGCGAAUGUCUUGAGAAUACUCGAUCAGAACUCAAAAAUCGCCUUGCUUCUAUUGCGAAGGCCAUCAGGAAUGCCAUUAAUAGUAACGAUCGUGGUGCAGCAUCGAUCGGCGGUGGUAGCAAAGUGGAUCAGUGUACGUCAAGCAUCAAAUCCUUGGUGAGGACACCAGUGAACGAUUGGAUUGAGGUCAUCGAUAAGGCGCUGGAAAAAUGUUUGAAGAAGAAGCCUGCGGGGCAAAAUUUAGGCCUCGAUUCGCUCAUCAAUGUUGGUUGUCGAAAGGUAAUUGCGGACACUACGGGGACGGCGCACAUGCAGUUGAAGACAGGAUUUGACUUCAUUAACAAUUUAAUGGAUGCAAUGGUAGAUCGAUCGGGGCGUUUCUGCGGUGGCGUGCAUUGUAGUUGA